UUGAGGCAAAAGAAGACACAAAAUGCUUUAGGUUAAGGUGCAAAUUACGCACAAUUAACAAUGGUGUAAAUGAUUACAAGAAAAAAAAGUUACUCCACAGAAAGAGUUCUGCUGCUUGGUCUGUUUUGUGCCACACUCUCAUUACUCAGAAGAGGUGAGCAAUAACGUCAGAAGGGUUUCACUGCAAAACCUUUAUGAAGGAGUUUCCAGGUUUGACAUCUCCAGGGAACAGCUGAUCCUUACAGUGCCUCACAUGGGAAACAUGUCCUGAGAGGAUUCACAGCAACAAUUCUGCAAUUUUCUUAUAUAGUGUACAGCAUCUAGACACAUAGUCUUCUGCCAUGAAGCUGCUGUUGAAGUUACAGAAACUAAAACUCUUGUGGACUCUGAAACCUCCUAAUAGGGCUUUCCAUGGACAUCCCAGGCUGCUUUCCUGUGAUGUAUAUUCCCAGUAUGAGUCCAUCAGACAGGGCAAACAGGAAAUACCAAAGUACUUUAACUUCGCAAGUGAUGUACUGGACAAAUGGUCUGAGAUUGAAAAGGCUGGAAAGAGACCAUCAAACCCUGCUUUCUGGUGGGUAAGUGGAGAAGGAGAAGAAGUGAAGUGGAGCUUUGAGGAGCUGGGGUUCCUGUCUCGGAAAGUGGCCAAUGUACUGACUAAAGAAUGUGGACUGCAGAAGGGAGACAGGCUUGUCCUGAUCCUACCACGAAUUCCAGAAUGGUGGCUGGUCAAGGUGGCUUGUAUGCGAGCAGGAAUUGUCAUAAUCCCAGGAACAUCCCAAUUAACAGCCAAGGACAUACUGUACCGACUCCAGGCAUCAAAGGCUUCGUGCAUCAUUACCACUGACAAACUGGCUCCUGCAGUGGACUCGGUGGCAUCCCAGUGCCAGCACCUGAAAACCAAGCUAAUGGUGUCCAAAGGCAGCAGGGAGGGAUGGCUGAACUUUACUGAGUUGUACCAAAACCAAUCUGCUGACCAUUCCUGCAUCAAAACAAGGAUUCAAGACCCAAUGAUUAUCUUCUUUACCAGUGGAACUACAGGUUCUCCAAAGAUGACUCUACAUUCCCAGGGGAGUCUUGGUUUCAGACCCCUUUUAAGUGAAAGGUACUGGCUGGAUUUGACUCCCUCUAACAUGAUAUGGAACACUGCAGACACAGGAUGGAUACUAACUUCAAUAGCAUCUUUUUUUGAUCCUUGGGUUUUCGGAUCAUGUGUCUUUAUACAUAACCUACCACAGACUGACUCAGGAGUUAUCCUAAAUACUCUCUGCAGAUUCCCAAUUGAUGCCCUGGUCGGUGCUCCAACAUUGUUCCGCAUGCUGGUGCAAAAUGAUCUGUCCAAAUACAAAUUCAUGAGCCUGAAGUACUGCAUGAGUGGAGGGGAACCACUCAACCCAGAAGUCAUGGAGCAGUGGAAGAGCCAGACUGGGGUGGACAUCCAGGAAGUAUAUGGCCAGACCGAAAUGGGAAUAAUCUGUUCUGGUUUUAAAGGAAUGAAGAUUAAAUCUGGAUCAAUGGGGAAAGCAGCUCCCCUUUAUGAUGUUCAGAUCGUAGACAAAAAUGCCAAUAUCCUGCCUCCAGGACAACAGGGGGAAAUUGCUGUCAGAAGCAAACCUAUAAGGCCACUUGGUUUUUUCUCUGAAUAUUUAGAUAACCCUAAGAAAACUGCAGAAAGUGAACGUGGGGAUUUUUAUGUCACUGGAGACAGAGGGACUAUGGAUGAAGAGGGAUAUUUCCAUUUUAUUGGCAGAGACGAUGACAUCAUCAUUUCCUCAGGGUAUCGCAUUGGGCCAUUUGAAGUAGAGAGUGCCCUGAUAGAGCACCCAGCUGUGGUGGAAACAGCUGUUGUCAGCAGCCCAGACCCCCUCAGAGGAGAGGUUGUGAAAGCAUUUGUGGUUCUAUCCCCAACAUUUUCAUCCACUGACCUGAAGACCUUAAUUCGUGACUUGCAGGACCAUGUCAAGAAAACUACUGCUCCAUAUAAAUACCCUAGAAAGAUGGAAUUUGUCAAAGAGCUGCCAAAGACAGUCACUGGGAAGAUCAAGAGGAAUGAAUUAAGAGACAAAGAGUGGGGACGGAUAUAGCAUUGUUUGGAAUUUAACAGAACUUCCAUUCCAUUAGCACUAUAUGCAUUUCCCUACUAUAGCUGCCAUCAUUCUGAUUUCUUUAUGUUAAGUGUCUGAGCAUCAAAAAACUACAGGUAACAUCAAGAUGUAAUAUUUGUGCCUGCUUGCAGAGUUUCCAAUGUCAAUACCUGACUGAAUUGUAUUAUUCUGGGUGAAAAAUAAAAUUUUCAAUAGACAACUUCAAUAGCCUUUCCCUUUGAGACCUCCUCACCAUCCCUCUUGCAGCCCAGCUUCCAUUCAAUGUUAUUCUUGAGAGACAAUAAAAAAGUAUUGUGCCCACAUUUGAAAAGGUAUUUACAUCAUAUAUAUUUUGAUUCACUAUUUCCUGAGAGUUUACCCUGACAUCCAAAGUUUAUGGAGAGGACAUGGUGACUGGUAUGGUCACUAUAUGGGUUCCAAAAAUGCAACAUUAUGAAGAAGUUGGAAAAGAACAUCUUUUCUGUGCCACUGGAUAGUGGCAGUAAAAGUCCUAAAAAUGUAUUGUUACAGUUGGGGGAUUAGCAGUUUUAUUGGAUAGGUUCAAAAUCCACAUUUUUGGUGGUAGGAUGAGAACCGUGUGUAGGUAUCCUUUCUUUUGAAAGUGUCUUGUCUCUUCCAAGCUCUAGCCAGGAGUGGAAUUCUCAAUGCAAGGCUGGAAGUAUUCUGAAAUAGAUAUGAACAUAAGAUCCCAUUUUUUGCUUUAAAAACCCCUAUGAGGUAAAUGAAAUUGGAAUUCAGAUUAUGUUCAGUAUGUGAGAAAUAAUCCUUUAAUAAAUGAUGCCGUUAUGCAUAGAGAAAUUAUUAAGUUGUAGAAAUUCACAGUAUGUGCCUAAUGUUGCACAUAUACAUAUAUACAGUAUGUAUAAAUAUAUGUUUUUUGUAUGCAUUUGGCACAUAAAAUUGCUAUGCUUGCAUUAGUAAGAAAGUUAAUAUUUAGUUUUAUGUCUUGAAAUGCUUAAUACAUUUCCAGAAUGGGUUUGGAACUUGGUCCUUUAGAUUUUCUGGAUUGUGAUUUUUGUGACUGCAUGAGUUAUUUUAGCCAGUCCAUUGAGCAGGAGCAUUUUAUAAGUGAUCCACAACUUCAUCUGCUUUCCCAUAGUACCAAAAGUUGGAAUUAAGCUUUAAUAAAAAACAGAGCAGCCUUUAGAUGAGUUUAGGUUUAGUUAUUCAAAAGGAUUUCAGAUUGUUGCUAUAGAACCAAUUCUUCUGCUAAUACUUGAUCUAGGUCUGAAUAGUCAUCCUGUAAGAAUAAAAAACAAACAAAAUUUAUAAAUUAAAUGUAUGUAAGCUUAUCUGUUUGAAAAGGAUUUGUUACUGGAAAGAUCAGAGAAGGGGUAAUUCCCCAUGUUUGGGCAUCACACUCAAGUGUUAAAAAUUCAGAACUCUCCAUCUCAAGCUGUCUGAGCUUCCAUCAGCUGUGGCAGAGCAACAGAGCUCAGCAGCUCUAAUUUGUUAAUGGGUUCCUUGACAGUCCUUCAAAUCCAAAAUAAAGUUAUCCUCAAACACAAUCUCACAGGCUUCUAGUGACUGUAACAAAUUAAAUCCCCCAUGAGAGCAAGUAGUUUGUUUAAUGUGAUUCUACCAGAAGAAAAGUGAACAAAAUAAGGUUGUGCUCAAACCUGGCUGUAGCAGGGUUUUAAACUUCCCUUUCCUUUUCCUGUAUUACAGCUUUGUUCUGAGAGACUAAUUUUUCUCUCCUUCAGUCAGACAGAACAGAAGGAAAACAUGUUGGAUAUUUUAAAUGUAAUGUUGUAUUUUAAAUGUAAUCCAUUUUUGUACAGAAUAAUAAGAAAUUGGAUUAGAUCUUUACGUGCAAUUGAAAAAAGGUUGAAAAAUGUGAUUUGCUCACAAUUUCAGCAUCUGAUUCUAUUUAAGGGCAUUCAGAUUUCAAAUGUGAGUACUUUUUGGAAAAGUAAUCCACUUUGAAGUGAUCAGAUUUUUAAAAUAAUAUUUUAUAUUCCAUAUAAAAAUAUAAUAAAAUAAAAUAAAUAAAAUAUAUAAAAAAAUAAUAUUUUUUAAUAUAACCUAAUUAUGAACUUUGAAAGUAAUUGAUUGUAAAGCAAAUUUUAAAGUAUAAUCCUGCAACAUGUUCCUAGGUUUUUGGUAUUGGUCUCUGCUGGGCUUUAAACAGACCUGGCUAGACUUUUCCCUGAGCCCUGGUGGUGACACAAACUGUUCAUUCCAGCAGGGAAGGGCUGGUGCAGGAGCUUUCCUCUCUGCUGCAGCACAGCCUGCUCAGGCUGCACUUGGGGUCAGACAGACUUUCCAACGUGUUCUUGCAGUUUUGCAGUGAUAACCUAAACCUGACCAGAAAAAAAGGAAGAAACAAACUGAUGAAUCAAACCAUUUCUGCUUGAUGUGUGGGCAGGAGCCUUUGCUCUGUCACACUGCCCAGGGUUUCAAGCAAACACACAAAGCCCCUCAGUGCUACCAAGGUUGUGCUCAGUUUCAGGGCUGUGUGAUUGCCCUGCACUACUGACUUGAGGAAUUACUGAGCCAACCAACUGAUAUUCCUUGCUUCUCUAAAACAGAACUUACUUUUUUUGUUGGGCACUGGGAGUGAUGUGCUAUCUGCCAGCUAAAUCCUAAAAAGAGCCUGAAACUUUUAAAUUUGCAGGCUUGCCACAGAAAAGGAGAAUAGUUUGUAAUGAAACUGCUAAGUUGUGUUGUUUUUUAAUCUGUCCAGACAAGUUGGGGUUUGUUCAAUAACUAUCAAAGAUGAUCUCUGGGAACAUUCAGGGGAAGAAACAGAAACACAGAGUGGUGCUCUUUGCUGCUGAGCUUCUCACCAGAACAUGCUCAUCCUGGACUUUUGUGUAUUCCAUUUUGUGUAUUCCAUCCUGUUUCCUUCAGUCUUAACAGAACAGCCUUCUGAAUAAGGGUGGAAGAUACACAUUGCUGUUCUGCUGCUUUGAAAUAUUUCUAAAGCAAUAUAUUCUCUAUAACUUCAAAUACAUGGGAGAAAAGGUUUUUGAAAAUAGUGACAGAAGAGGGAAAAUGGACUAGUCCUUAUUUUUUGUAUCUGCAGUGCUUUUACUGAAAACCACAAUAUAUGUAACUCUGUGCCAAAUAUAAUUUUGUGAGAAUGUUUUUUAAUAUUGUUGAUGAUCAGACUUCCAUGUCUAGCCAGUACUGGGUUACAUAGAGUUUGGGGAUUAAAUAUAAUCAAGGACUUCCUGGGCUCACAGUUCAAACUGUGAGAUAUUUCCAUAACAGUCAAGCUGUGCCAAGGUUAUGGGGACAGCAGAGGUUUAGACCAGCCCUGCUAGGUCACAUCUCACAUUUCUUGUUACCUCUCUGCAGCCCUUGCACUUCACACCAUGCUGCUACAGCACUUGAUUCAGAAGAUAUAAGCAGUAGCUGAACUCUAUGGCAAAGGUUGUAUUGAGCAUAAAAACACCAAUGAACCAGAAAAACAAAACAAAACAAAAAAACACCAA